UUCGUUCACGGUGUGACAGAGUUAUCGCGAGAUCUUGGAGGUGGUAUAAAAUCUCCAGUCGCAUCAGCGAGCCAGUCUGUCGCCCCAUUCUCGGUAGGGUGGUGUUUCUAAGCUGAAGUCUAGUUGAAGAUGGCUGCAGGCAAAGCAAAAAUUGGAAGUCUGGCUCCGGACUUCACGGCUAAAGCAGUGAUGCCAGAUGGCCAGUUCAUGGACCUGAAGCUGUCUGAUUACAGAGGGAAGUACGUGGUUUUUUUCUUCUAUCCGCUUGACUUCACAUUCGUAUGUCCAACUGAGAUCAUCGCUUUCAGUGAUGCUGCUGAUGAAUUCAAGAAGAUUGGCUGUGAAGUUAUUGCUGCUUCUGUAGACUCUCACUUCUCUCACUUUGCAUGGACCAACACGCCUCGUAAACAGGGAGGUCUGGGUGCCAUGAAGAUCCCACUUGUGUCUGACACGAGACGCACCAUCUCAACAGACUACGGCGUCCUGAAGGAGGACGAAGGCAUUGCCUACAGGGGUCUGUUCAUUAUUGACGACAAGGGUAUCCUGCGACAAAUCACCAUCAACGAUCUGCCAGUUGGUCGCUCUGUUGAAGAGACCUUACGUUUGGUUCAAGCAUUUCAGUUCACUGACAAACAUGGAGAAGUCUGUCCAGCUGGCUGGAAACCAGGAAGUGACACAAUCAAGCCAGAUGUCCAGAAAAGCAAAGAUUUCUUCUCCAAGCAAUAAUAAAAGAAAGACAGCAGUCUGCCGCCUGCUCUAGCAGAUUUCAUUUCGAUAUGACAUUUCCAAUAAUGUUUGAGUCUGCGCCUUGUCGUCAUCAUACACUGUAUUAUACUUCUGUGUAAAUGGUGCCUUGCGACCAAAGUACAGUAAUUAUACUGUGGUAGCUGUUUUCAUCUGUGGUUGUUAUUUGACAUGUUAUUGUCUGUGGGUCCAGUUUGUUGAUGUUUUAUUACAUCAAUAACAGUUAACUUGUUAGCAUUUACACUGUUGCAAAGGCAGACCACAUGUUCUAAAAAUGUUUUUUUUUUUUU